GCUCUUGGAGGUUCACUUGGACCCCCAGUUUAAGCAAGACGUGACAUUAAACCCUUGGUUGGAGCAUGGCUGCAGCGCUUAGCCCUCAUGUCAGUGCUCCCUUGGAGGUUGAGGGGUGCCUAGUAAUGAAGAUGGAGAAGGACCCCGAGUGGACGUCGGAGUCCAUCAUGGAAGGAUCGGAUAGCUCCGAGUCUGAGACCUUUCGCAGAUGCUUCCGGCAGUUCUGUUACGAGGAUGUGACCGGACCUCAGGAAGCUUUCAGUAAACUCUGGGAACUCUGCUGCCGGUGGCUGAAGCCAGAAAUGCGUUCCAAGGAGCAAAUGCUUGAGCUGCUCGUGAUUGAGCAGUUUCUCACCAUUUUACCGGAGAAGAUUCAGGCGUGGGCACAGGAGCAGUGUCCGGAAAGUGGAGAGGAGGCAGUGGCCCUGGUAGUGCAUUUGGAGAAAAAGACUGGAAGACUAGGACGGCAGGUCAGCAGUCCUGUGCAUUCAGAAAAUGAGUCUUCACUUGGAGCAGCAUGGGAGGUAACAGACUUCCAGCCAGAUCAGGUGGAAACCCAGUCCAGGGUGGUAUCCCUGGAGGAGUCCAGAAGCCUCCACUCAAGACACCAGGAACAGCUGAACUGUAAAAGAGAGCAUCGGCCUUUUCUCAAGAAUGCUUGUCCUUCUCCCUGGGUUCCUAUCCCUGCUGAUGAAUGGAACACCAGAGACCAGGAAGUGACAACCACACAUCUUCCUGCUGGAUCUCAGGGACCAGUGAAAGAUACCCACAUGGCAAGAGGUUUCUCCUACAAAAAGAGUGUGCAUCAGAUUCCUGCUCACAGAGACUUCUACCAGGAGAUCAGGAAGGAGAGUGUUGGAAACAUGGUCUCCUUGGGAAGCACGGUGCCUACAUCUAGCAAGAUAGCCCAUUUGGAGCAGAAAAAGGAGCCGUGGACCAUCGGUCUUCAUUCUUCUAAUAAGAGGAACAUCCUGCGAAGCAACUAUGUCAAAGAAAAGUCAGUUCCUGCUGUUCAGAUCCCUACAAGAAAUGCAGGAAAAACGUGGCGAGAGCAGCAACAGUGGGGUUUAGAAGAUGAAAAAAUUGCAGGUGUACAUUGGAGCUAUGAGGAAACUAAGACUUUUCUUGCAAUUCUCAGAGAGUCCCACUUUUAUGAAACACUUCAGGCUUGUCCCCGAAACAGCCAGGUAUAUGGUGCUGUGGCUGAGUGGUUGCGGGAAUGUGGCUUCCUCCGAACACCAGAGCAGUGUCGGACCAAGUUCAAAAGUCUCCAGAAGAGCUAUCGAAAAGUGAGAAAUGGCCACGUGCUCGAACCCUGUGCCUUCUUUGAGGACAUGGAUGCUUUGUUGAAUCCCGCAGCCUAUGCUUCAGCCACAGAUAAGCCAAAAGAGAUGACCUCUCUCCCCAGACUAAAGAGGCUCGUUAUCAGUAGUAAAGAGCGGAUCAGUUUGGUAGAGGAGGAGGAGGCAGCAGAAGAAUCUGAUGGUGAAGAAAUGGGCAUUGAAUUCGUCCGGAAAUCUGAAAUUCGCGGUGCCCCUGUUUUGUUUCAAAACCUGAGUGGUGUACACUGGGGCUAUGAAGAAACCAAGACUUUUCUUGAUAUUCUCCGUGAGACUCGGUUUUAUGAAGCACUUCAAGCCUGUCAUCGGAAGAGCAAAUUGUAUGGGGCCGUGGCUGAACAGCUGCGAGAGUGUGGCUUUCUCCGUACACCGGAGCAGUGUCGGACUAAGUUCAAAAGCUUACAGAAGAGCUACCGCAAGGUGAAAAAUGGCCAUGUGCUAGAGUCUUGUGCAUUCUACAAGGAGAUGGAUGCCCUGAUUAACUCACGAGGGUCUGCACCUUCUACUGAUAUCCCAGAAGAAGUCCCGUCACCCUCAAGGCAAGAAAUAGGGAGUAUUGAGAUUGAGCCUCAGGAGCCUACAGGCUGGGAACCUGAGGAAACCUCACAGAAGGCAAUAGUAGAAGAUUCUGGCAGUGAGAGAAUGAGUGAGGAGGAAGUUGUACAAGAGCCAGAAUUCCAGGGAUCUACAGGUCUACUGCAACACCCAAGUGAUUUUGAAAUUGGAAAUAGCUUCAAGGAGGAUCCAACACAGGCAAUAUAUAAGGACAUGGAACAGCAUAGGACAUUAAUAGAAAAGUCUAAAAAGGUGGUUUCCCAGAAUACUGAUCCAGGUAAAUAUCACAAAAGGGAAUGCAUCUCAGGGAGACAAUGGGAAAACCUUCAAGGAAUUAGACAGGGAAAGCUGGUGUCUCAGCCUAGAGAAUUAGGGAAACCUGUAAUGUAUCAAAGGCCUUUCAUGGGGAAGAGAUCUUACCGACUUCUCAAAUAUGGAGAAAGCUUUGGAAGGAGUGCUCGUUUUAUGUGCCGGAUGAACCAUCAGAAGGAAAAUCCCUGUAAGUGUAGUGUCUGUGGAAAGUGCUUUGGUAGAAGCAGGAGCUUAAUUAGACACCAAAGAAUCCACACAGGAGAAAAACCUUUUAAAUGUCUUGACUGUGGGAAAAGCUUUAAUGAUUCCUCAAACUUUGGUGCUCACCAGAGGAUUCACACAGGAGAGAAACCAUACAGAUGUGGAGAGUGUGGGAAAUGCUUUAGUCAAAGCUCAAGUCUUAUUAUACAUCAGAGAACCCACACAGGUGAGAAGCCUUAUCAGUGUGGAGAGUGUGGGAAAAGCUUUACCAACAGUUCUCAUUUUAGCACCCACCGGAGAGUCCACACGGGUGAGAAUCCUUACAAAUGUGUGGAUUGUGAAAAAAGUUUCAAUAACUGUACAAGAUUUCGAGAACAUCAGCGAACACAUACUGGAGAGAAGCCCUAUGGAUGUGUCCAGUGUGGUAAACGUUUCAGUAAGAGUUCUGUUCUUAGUAAACACCGGGAAGUUCAUAUGAGAGAAAAGCUGCCAUACACUUCAUCUGUGUAUUCCCCAGAGAACCCACACAAGGCAAAGAUUGUUGAGUUCAGGAAAAGUUUUUCAUGAUGAUCUCUUCCUAAUGUCCCUUUAGCCAUUUUACCCU